AUGCACCUCAUCCAUCCGAGGGCAAUGGAAAUAGACCCUAACGAAUGCCGGGGGCACAAGUUCAAGGCUUACUGUUCUCGUUUCCUAUCACCGCCGAACAAAGCUAUCUCUCCCAUCCGUCGAUACUUGUUCAGCUUGUACUAUACGAUUGCUCACGUAUUCCCCAUGAUGAAUACGCUGAUCUAUUGGGGCUUUCUCGUUCCCUCCGGACACGGCGGUUUCAAAGCGCCGACUAUACCUCAUCAGGCCCAAAACCUACCGUAUAGCGGCAACGAGAUAGUCGAGAACCAUCCAGACAAGGGGCUCUUCGAACAGGGCCCGCUCGAAAUAUUUAGUAUUGUCAACGUCUGGACUGUUACAUCGGUUAUCGCACUUGUUGAAAUUUGGUUCCUCAAUAGCAUCCGCCGACAAACCCCUGUUACGGGUCAUGCAAUCGGAGUCAUGUUCUGCAGCGGUGCGUAUCUCGGCUGGUCGGCGUUGGGCAAAUACUACACAGGGCACUCGGGGCUUUUCUUCCUAGACCCUGAUAUCAUAAAGGACAUGCCGGAAGCCAUCAUCGCGGCGCAUAUCGCGUUUAUCGCGAUAUCUCCUGGAAUUUUCACAUACAUGUACGGAUUAGUCGCCAUGCGGGAGACAAUGACGGCGGUGCGUUAG